GCUUCGCUGAUACCCAUGUCCCUGGACCCUGGCUCAUGGCCCCCCAGUGUUCCCCACGCAGGCCCUUUGUCUUCCUUUUGCAUCUGCUCGUGUCUUCCUAGCCCUGGAAGAUUUACUUUAUAUGGUAAAUGUCGCUCCCUUCCUCCUCAUGUUUUUCCUCUUGUUUUCCAGGCCCUUCAGAGUAACCUGAGGUAUUCCUUAUUGCCGAGACGGCUCAUUAUCAGCAAGAGGUUAGCUCAGUGCUUGCAUCCUGCUUUGCCCAGCGGUGUGCACCUAAAAGCCCUAGAAACCUAUGAGAUUAUCUUCAAAAUUGUGGGGACCAAAUGGCUGGCCAAGGAUUUGUUCCUAUACAGCUAUGGCUUGUUUCCUCUUCUGGCAAACGCGGCCAUGUCGGUGAGGCCCGUGCUGCUCGGCCUGUAUGAGAAGUACUUUCUCCCACUGCAGAAGCUGCUCCUGCCCAGUCUCCAGGCCUUCAUUGUGGGCCUGCUGCCCGGCCUGGAGGAGGGCUCUGAGAUCUACGACAGGACAGACGCUCUGCUCCUGAGGCUGUCCCUGGUGGUCGGCAAAGAGGUGUUUUAUGCUGCCCUUUGGGGGAGCGUCCUGGUGAGCCCGGCCAUCCGCCUGCCCGCCUCGCUCUUUGUGGUGGGCCACAUCAGCAGGGACUGCCCGGGCAAGGAGCAGAAGUACAUGCUGGGGACAGAUUACCAGCUCACGGUAAAGUCUCUGUGUGCCUCACUGUUGGACUCAAAUGUCCUGGUGCAAAGAAAUAACCUAGAAAUUGUUCUGUUCUUCUUUCCAUUUUAUACCUGUCUGGUAAGUCGUUUGUGUUCUUCCAGGGAAGUCACUGGUAUUUCCAGUCCAGUAAAAGGUGAAAACAGUGAAAUGAUUAUAGACACAAAGGCAGUGAUUCCGGCUGAUGAAGAUGCUUCAUUUCCUCCCCUUAAAUCUGAAGACAGCGGGAUCGGGCUCAGCGCCUCGUCGCCAGAGCUCUCGGAGCGCUGGAGGGUCCCCAGGGUUUCUCCCGAAAAAGAUGAUGUUUGGAAGAAGGGUGGGAGUAUGCAGAGGACGUUUCUUUGCAUCCAGGAGCUGAUUGCCAACUUUGCCCACAAGAACAUUUUUGGAGUGCAGCUGACGGGGUCCGGAGAAGAGAGCAAGUGUGAAGAGCCCGCAGGCCGGAGGGACAAGUGCGGGCCGCCGAGCUCGGCGGGCAGUGACUCCGACAGGAAGAACCCGUGGGACGCAAAGCCCAUCAGCGUGCCCCAGUUUAAGCAGAUGCUCUCAGACUUGUUCACAGCUCGAGGGUCUCCAUUUAAGACAAAAAGUGCAGAGUUGCCAUCGCCUCUGCCCAGGAGCCCUGGCCGAAAAACGGAGGGGGACUGGGCUGUGGAGCAGGUGGUCAUUGAGCUGGGCAGCUCGCGAGAGGGCUGCCGGGAAGCCUUCGCUGCCGCCUGCCGCCUGCUGCUGGACUGCGCCACCUUCCCCGUCUACCUGUCCGAGCAGGAGACGGAGCGGCUCUGCGAAACGCUCUUCCAGCUUCCCGGAGCUGGCGAUUGCAGUUUCCCGUCGUGGCUGAGAUCCCUCAUGACCAUUAGCUGCUGUGUGACCGACUGCUUCCUCCAGAACGUGGCCAUCUCCACCCUGCUGGAGGUGAUCAACCAUUCCCAGUCCCUAGCCCUUGUCAUCGAAGACAAGAUGAAACGCUAUAAAAGCUCUGGACACAACCCAUUUUUCGGCAAGCUGCAGAUGGUGACAGUUCCUCCCAUUGGUCCAGGAAUAUUGAAAGUCAUUGCGGAGAAGACAGACUUCUAUCAGAGGGUGGCUCGUGUGCUUUGGAAUCAGCUGAACAAGGAGACCCGGGAGCAUCACAUCACCUGUGUAGAGUUGUUCUACCGGCUGCACUGCCUGGCGCCAACGGCCAACAUCUGUGAAGAUAUCAUCUGCCAUGCCCUCCUGGACCCUGACAAGGGGACAAGACUGGAAGCUCUGUUCAGGUUUUCCGUCAUCUGGCACCUGACAAGAGAGACGCAGGGCAGUCGUGUGACAUCUCACAACCGCUCCUUUGAUAGAUCCCUGUUUGUCGUGCUGGACAGCCUGGCCUGCACGGACGGCGCCAUCAGCGCGGCAGCCCAGGGCUGGCUGGUGCGGGCGCUCUCCCUUGGUGAUGUGGCGCGCAUCCUGGAACCCAUGCUCCUUCUCCUGCUCCAGCCCAAAACCCAGAGGACCUCCAUUCACUGCCUCAAGCAGGAGAACUCAGCGGAAGACUUGCAUCGUUGGUUUAACAGGAAGAAAACCCCCUUCAAAGAGUCAUGUGGAGCACCCGAGCUUCAGGAAGGCAGCUCCGAAGAAGGCGUGCCGCUGAGCCAGUUCACCACCGUUGACCGUGAGGCCAUUUGGGCCGAGGUGGAGAAGGAACCAGAGAAGUGUCCACCCGGAAGCGAGCUGAGCGAGGACGACCUUCCCUACUACAUGGACCUUCCCGACAGGACGGCCUGCAGCGCCCUGGACAGCAGCGAGCACACGGAGUCUGCAGACACGAGCUCUGCCCACACGGACAGCGAGCACUCAUCCUCCUUUUCCUCCCCUUCCCACGACCCGCAGGAGCUGAGCAACGAAGAGAGCUGCUGUGCGCCCAUCCCCGUAGGCAGCAAGGUUUACCCCAAGCGCUCAGCCUUGCUGGCGGCCUUCCAGGCAGAAAGCUUCAAGUCCGGUGCCAAAUUAAGCCUGGCACGCGUGGACUCGGACAAGACCCAGGCUUCGGAGUCAUUCUCCAGUGACGAGGAGGCCGACUUGGAGCUCCAGGCCCUCAGCACAUCCCGGCUGCUAAAGCAGCAGCGAGAGAGGCAAGAGACCAUUGAGGCCUUGUUCAAGCACAUUCUGCUCUACCUGCAGCCCUACGACUCCCGGCGAGUUCUUUAUGCCUUCUCAGUGUUAGAGGCCGUGCUCAAAACCAACCCCAAGGAGUUUAUCGAGGCAGUGUCCAGGACCAGCAUGGACACCAGCUCCACCGCACACCUCAACCUCAUCUCCAACCUCCUUGCUCGUCACCAGGAGGCCCUCGUUGGCCAGAGUUUCUAUGGAAAACUCCAGACCCAGUCUCCCAGCGUGUGUCCCCACUCUCUGCUGAUCGAGCUUCUCACCUACCUGUGCCUCAGUUUCCUGCGCAGCUAUUACCCUUGUUACCUGAAGGUCUCCCACCGAGACGUCCUUGGCAACCGGGACGUGCAGGUCAAGAGCGUGGAGGUUUUGAUUAGAAUAAUGAUGCAGCUGGUCUCCGUGGCCAAGUCUGCCGAGGGGAAGAAUGUGGAGUUCAUUCACAGCUUGCUGCAGCGGUGCAAAGUUCAGGAGUUUGUCCUGCUUUCGCUGUCCGCGUCCAUGUACACGAGCCAGAAGCGCUAUGGACUGGCCACGGCCGAGCGAGGCCGGGCCCCGCAGGAGGAGAGCCUCUUUGAGGAGAGUCUCAUCAACCUGGGCCAGGAUCAAAUCUGGAGUGAGCACCCCCUGCAGAUCGAGUUGCUGAAGCUCCUGCAGGUGCUCAUUGUCUUGGAACAUCACCUGGGCCAGGUCCAAGAGGAGGCCGAAAAUCAGCCGGAACUGUCCCGGGAGUGGCGGAGAGCCCUGAACUUCCAGCAGGCCAUCAGCGCCAUGCAGUACGUGCAGCCCCACCCUCUCACCUCCCAGGGGCUGCUGGUGGCUGCCGUGGUGCGGGGGCUGCAGCCGGCCUACGGCUAUGGCAUGCACCCGGCCUGGGUGAGCUUGGUCACGCAUUCCUUACCGUACUUUGGAAAGUCCCUGGGCUGGACAGUGACCCCUUUCAUUGUCCAGAUUUGCAAAAAUUUGGAUGAGCUGGUCAAGCAGUAUGAGAGCGAAUCUGUAAAGUUCUCUAUCAGCAUAACCUCCAAGAGGGAAAACAUUUCUCCGGAUUACCCACUCACUCUUUUGGAAGGUCUGACAACCAUUAGUCAUUUUUGUCUUUUGGAACAACCCAACCAAAACAAAAAGACCACCGCUGUAGGCGAUCCUACCAAUUUGAAAAAUGCCAAGAAUGCCAUUCUGGAAGAGUUGCCUCGAAUUGUUAACACCAUGGCCCUUCUCUGGAAUGUUCUGAGAAGGGAGGAAACUCACAAGAGACCCGUCGAUCUCCUUGGAGCCAUGAAGGGAUCCUCUUCCGUUUACUUUAAAACCACCAAAACCAUACGACAAAAGAUUUUAGACUUCUUGAACCCCUUGACGGCGCAUCUGGGAGUUCAGCUGACAGCCGCGGUUGCAGCAGUGUGGAGCAGAAAGAAGGUUAAGCGUCUCAGUAAGAUGAAGAUUGUCCCAGCAGCAAGCGCAUCCCAGCUGACCCUUGUUGACCUGAUCUGUGCACUCAGCACCCUGCAGACGGACACGGUGCUGCACCUAGCAAAGGAGGUGGUGAAGAGGCCGCCGCAAAUCCGAGGGGACGAGAAAGCGCCCCUUGUGGAUAUCCCUGUGUUGCAGUUUUGCUAUGCUUUCGUCCAAAGACUCCCAGUAACAGCCUUGCAAGAGAACUUUCCUUCGUUGUUGGGCGUGUUAAAGGAAUCCGUACAGUUGAAUCUGGCUCCCCCCGGAUACUUUCUGCUCCUCAGCAUGCUGAACGACUUUGUGACGAGAACUCCCAACCUGGAAAGCAAGAAGGACCAGAAAGACCUGCAGGAAGUCACUCAAAAAAUCCUGGAAGCUGUAGGGAACAUUGCUGGCUCUUCCUUGGAACAAACCAGCUGGCUAAGCAGAAACCUGGAAGUGAAGGCCCAGCCUCAAAUCUCUCUAGAAGAAUCUGAUGCUGAGGAAGAUUUGUGUGCAGAUACCACCGUCGCUGCUUCAGCAAUGGUGUCCGCGUCUGCCCCGUCGGUGUACAGCGUGCAGGCCCUGUCCCUCCUGGCAGAGGUCCUGGCAUCUCUCCUGGACAUGGUUUAUCGAAGUGACGAGAAGGAGAAAGCAGUGCCCUUGAUCUCCCGCUUGCUUUAUUACGUGUUUCCUUACUUACGCAAUCACAGUGCCUACAACGCUCCCAGCUUCCGGGCCGGCGCUCAGCUGCUGAGCUCUCUGAGUGGCUACGCCUAUACGAAGCGAGCCUGGAAGAAAGAAGUCUUGGAGUUAUUCUUGGACCCUGCUUUCUUUCAGAUGGACACUUGCUGUGCACAUUGGAAGUCCAUUAUUGACCAUCUUCUGACUCACGAGAAAACAAUGUUUAAAGAUUUAAUGAACAUGCAGAGCAGUUCUUUAAAACUGUUCUCGAGUUUUGAGCAGAAAGCCAUGCUGCUAAAGCGCCAGGCUUUUGCUGUCUUCAGCGGAGAACUCGAUCAAUACCACCUUUACCUUCCUCUGAUACAAGGUAAGAAGGCCACCCCACCCUCACCCCCAGCCCUGCCCCCUCAUGGGUGGACCCCCGGCUGGCUGAGACGGGCCGGCCGCCAGAGUGGCCCACAGCACGUACUGGCCGGACGGAGGAGCGUCGAAAUGAGUACUUGUAGAAGAACUCCGGAAAUUUACCUUUGGAUCUGAAACUUUAUUUUAAAAGUCAAUGA